AUAAGUACAGAUCCAACUGAAAGGUUUAUGUGGCCUCGUUUCCUUUCGCGACUGAGAGAAACAUUCUCGCUCGACCCAGGGCCAGCCCUAGAGGGAAAUGUGAUAGCAUCUAUGCAGGCGCAAGCCCUCCACACACAUGCGCUACAACCCGCCGAACUACAAAGACUACGCAGGGCUGUCGAAGCAUUUCCACCGAGACAAGUAGCUGAUUUUCUGCUAUCCGUCUGCAUAGACCAUGGUACUGAUUCCUUCUUCUAUUUUCACCAACCUCAGUUUCUUGCUGAGAUCAACGAAUUCUAUACGGAUACCUCGUCUCGGCUGCGCUCGGACUGCAGUUUUGUUUGUCUUGCUCACGCUGCUUUCGCCCUCGGCAGUCAAUGGACCACACUAGCAAGGCCUGCAAGCUCUCGAUCCUCAUUAUCACUAGAGGACAGUGAUCCUGGGCGGAUUUUUUAUAACCAGGCACGCUCCUUGAUUCCAGACGUCAUUGACAUGCCGUGCCUUCGGGCUGUACAAGCGCCAUUUGUAAUGGGCGUUUACCUAUUGCCGGCCAGUGCUUUAGGCGCGUCUUACAUGUAUCUUGGCUUAGCACUUAGAAAAGCCCUUGCACUUGACCUACAUCUCAAUUCGGAUGAUCCGAACCUGAGUGAAGAAGAACUAGAAAUUCGUCGAAGAAUUUGGUGGUCAGUAUACUCUUUAGAGCGUGCUUCGACUGUGAAGUUGAACAGGCCGAGAUCAAUAAGCUCGUCGAUCAUCACCGUCGGCCUUCCUCGUCUAUUAGAACCAUUAGAUAAACAGCAGAAGUUCAACAACAUUAAACUUCAGAUAGCCGAUGCUCGCUUAAUGAUGAUCUUGGACCGUGUCCCUGACGCUUUUGAAUGGGCCUCUACCUUGGAAGGUUUAACACCGUUCGAGGCUGAGCUAAAGGACUGGAAGCAUUCACUACCAGAUACCCUUCGAUUGCAAAACAUACAUCCACGGUCUUCUCAUUAUCGUGCGACCUUCCACCUGUACACUAAUUACUACUUCUCGUGGAUUGCCAUGGGUAAGGUUAGUGUUGUGACUGUUGUCCGUGGCAAGCUUCGACAUUAUCUUGGCCGGGAAUCCCAAGUCUCUGAGACAAACCCGCACAUUGAGGCACUAGCUAAGCAUUGCAUUAAAGCCGGCAAGAAGAUGCUUCGGUUAUUCGAAGACAUCCGUACCACGGGUAAUCUGACUCGAUUUUCGUUCACCGAUUUUCAAGCUUGCAGUAUUGCCACCAUUGUGGUCCUACUGGCUGGCAUUGUUGAGCGGGAUGCUGGGUACGAGAGGCAAGUGUCAUUUGGUUUGGAGUGUUUGACGAAAAUGGCUGAAGGUAAUACUACUGCCCAGAUGGGAGUUAGUUUUGUGGAAGCUCUUCAAUUGAUUGCCGAUGAGGCUUUCGAUAAAUUGCUUCAAGCAAAGGCUGCUGUCCUUUCAUCUGCGGUACCUCAACAAGGAACAAAUUACAAUAACUGGGCUGCUUGGCUAUUGCAGCAGACCGACUCCAGCAAAGUACUAGAUGUCGCGCUAAAUCAGUCGUCCGCACUGGACACUAAUGGUAGUUCGACUUUGACAACAUCAACGUGGCCAGUACCUCAUACACAAUCCUCCUCGUCUGGGUUCACCUCAUGGGAUGGAGCUACGGCUCUACAACGACUCUCACUCCCUCCUCUCACGACGCUUGGUCUUGCACAGGACGACGGAGGCACAUUCGCAUCACAACCUGUAGAUAACGGGUUUCUCUCGAAUAUAUACAAUGACGAUCAAGCUUUCCUUAUGGGUCUUACCGGCUUCGACGUCCUGGGGGUUUCUGGUUUGCAAGACGAGCUUUGAACUGGAAAGGACAAACGUCCAACGUACUCUAGAGUAUUUCUCACUGUUAUUGCCCACAAAUAACAUUUGAGCAAUUUUCAUGAAGUCAACGAGGAAUCAGCUCGAUACACGAUUCCAGUGACUCCGCUUGAUAUCCCCGAGGAGUGACCUUGCCUAUUCUAUCCUUUUUUCUUCUCCUUCUUCUUC